AGAGAGAGAGAGAGAGAGAAUGUGUAGAACGAGCAUCGCUAGGUUGGAGCGGGCUCGCGAUCGCUCCUCGAUAUUUUUAGUGCGACGAGAGUAUUUGGCGGGGCGUACCCGCGACUCCUCGCUCCUCUCUUCGUCUUCGUCUUCGCGAACGUUUCUCAGCGUCCUCCUAUGUUCGCGUCGUCUUCGUCGACGUGCCUUAGUGCCUCCGUUCGCGUCCCUCUCGAUUGACGCGUUCGUCGCGAUCGACUUGUAAAGAGAGAGAAAGAGAGAGGAGAGUAUCGCGUAUGAGGGCUGAUGAGUGGCACUCGUUUUCGCGCGAAAAAGAAAAAAGAGAAAAAGAUCCAAAACGCAUUGGAGGUCUUUCUCUUUCUCUCUCUUUCUCUUUCGCUCUCUCUUUCUCUGUCUGUCUUUCUUUCUCUUUCUCUCUCUCUUUCUGUCUUCCAUUCGUCAAGAGUCUUGAGAUAAAUAACUUCGUCUUCGUCGAUCAUAAUACGAAUGUGUUGUUACCUUCUUCGAUGAUGACCUUGAAUGAUGUAUCUCCUUCAUCUCACGGUGGAUCGAGCAAUCUUCUUGGCCCUCGACCCUGACCAUUCGGACUUCGUCCAACGAAUCUAUCAUCGCUCGCGCUUAAAUUCCACUUAAUACGAUUUUCUAAUAUAACUCGAUAUUGAAAUCAAAAUUGGUACAGGUGACACUUCGAUCGUGCGUGUUUUUUUUUUCUUUUUUUUCCUCCCCUUUUUUCCUUUUAAAUCAUUCGAGCUAAGUACACUGACUGGCUCGUCUUUCGUCGCGAAUUAAACCAAUUCUCUCCAUUUGCUUUUGUGAACUAUUACACGAAUCUAAAUCAGGAUUUCGAGAUUUGAGUUAGCAAAAGUGCAAGUUGGUUGUCACACGUUCUUUUAUCGAGUUGAGUGGGAAUUUUGUAAGAGGAAAGAAACAAAGAAAACGGAAAGGAAAAGGAAAUAUCGAAUUACAAAUUAAUUCGAUCUAGUCUGUUAACAGAGAGCAAGCUAACAGCUCUUCCUAUUUACAAGUUAAGAGUGGAAAAUUGAUUUUGCUGAGCGAGGUAACAAUCGAGUCGACCGUACCUCGGACGGUCGACUGAUCGCCAUUACCGAUCGCCAUUAUCGAUCAUCGAACAAGAUCUUGAAAGUUUUCUUCUAUUUCAUCAUCAUCGAUCAGCAACGAUGUUCAUAUUCGCGCAACGCGACGGUAUGUCGACUAGCAGACAAGGAUCGGCGUCACGACGUAGUCGUUAUGCUCGUUCCUCGACAACGACCAGCGUGACACAGCUCUUAACUGAUUCUUGCAGUAAUUUGCUUCAGCGAUUGACCACCAGGGUACGUGGCACUUCAACGGCUAACGAUCGAUCGAUCGGAACAAGACGAUCACCGAAUGCUGGAAAUUAUCUUAGCAGUGCCAGAAUUCGAUUAGAAGAUAAAUAUUCCUCUAUAUUGGAUAAGUAUACCAAUAAGAAACAUGCCAAUGAUAAAGAGAAGAGUAUCGAGCUUGGUAAUGGAAACGUUGCUGGUUAUUCACGAAGAAAGAACGAACGAGAGCAUAGCUUUAAUCGAAGAGAUUCUUAUGGUAGGGAGGAGAAAACAUUGGAACCAUCGAUGCCACGUUCUGUCAUUAAAAGUCCCACCAGUGUACUUCUAAGCGAGAAAGCUUAUCCUUACGUCAGUUCGGUUAACAUUAGAGAGUCGAAACGUGAGAAAACACCUGGUUAUCGUAGGACAUCCGAUAGACAAACACACUUAGGCUCGGAAGCUUAUCGACGUUACGGUAGACACAAAUCCGGUCACGCUGAGACACGCAAUAGAAAGGUCAGGCCACAUCGGAAUGGUAAAAGCGAACAACUCGACAAUUGCAGGUCGACCUCCCUUAGAUCUUUAGCUCGUCCAAACAGAGUCGAACCUUUGAGCUUAGUCGCCGGCAAGGAAGUUCUUAGCGAUCCAGAGAAAACACCAACCGGUAGCGGUAUUGUGGACGAUGCGAUACCAAAGUACGAACCUAACUACGACGAUAACGAGGAAGUUGAUCCAGCUAUUUCCGAAAGAGCAGCCAAACGCAAAGAGAUACAAAGUUUGAUUAUGAAAUAUGCAGCUAUGGAUGAGGCUUACAGCGAAUUAGCAACUGGUGGUGGUCAAGGAAAUGCGAAACCAAGUACAACCGAUAUCAUCGCCAGCAAGUAUAAGAAGAAUACUCGUGGUAGUAAUAACAAAAAGGAAGUCACGAAGAAUACAUAUGCAUCGAAUACUUCGUCGACUAUCAUUAACGAGGUGGAUACGAACCACGCGAUCAGCCCACGACCGCCCUCCGUCGAGGACGACGAAGACGGCCACCUUGUUUACCAAUCCGGCGACAUCCUGGCAAAUAGAUAUAAAGUACUGGCCACCCUAGGAGAGGGUACUUUUGGAAAAGUUGUCAAGGUUAAGGACAUGCAAAUGGAUCACGUAAUGGCUCUCAAGAUUAUCAAGAACGUCGAGAAGUAUCGAGAAGCUGCGAAGCUUGAGAUCAAUGCUCUGGAGAAGAUAGCCGCUAAGGAUCCUGAGGGACAUCAUUUAUGCGUCAAAAUGUUAGACUGGUUCAAUUAUCAUGGACAUAUGUGUAUCGCCUUUGAGAUGCUUGGACUGAGCGUUUUCGAUUUUUUGAAGAAAAAUAAUAUGUUACAGAGAGACAACAAUUAUCAACCUUAUCCAUUGGAACAUGUUAGGCAUAUGGGUUAUCAGCUUUGUUAUGCAGUCAAGUUUUUACACGACAACAAACUUACGCACACAGAUCUUAAACCCGAAAAUAUCUUAUUCGUAGAUUCCGAUUACGAAAGCACGUACAAUAGUAAAAAGUUCUUUCUUUUUAAGCGAAAGGAUGUGAGGCGCGUUAAAAGGACCGACAUCAGACUAAUCGAUUUUGGCAGUGCUACGUUUGACCAUGAACACCAUAGCACAAUUGUUAGUACAAGACAUUACAGGGCGCCUGAAGUUAUUUUAGAAUUAGGAUGGUCUCAACCUUGCGAUGUAUGGUCCAUUGGUUGCAUUCUAUUCGAAUUGUACCUGGGUAUAACCUUAUUCCAAACGCACGAUAAUCGUGAACAUUUGGCAAUGAUGGAACGUAUAUUAGGUACAAUUCCACAUCGUAUGGCAAGGAAAACGAAGACGAAGUACUUCUAUUACGGUAAAUUAGAUUGGGAUGAUAAAAGUUCAGCCGGCAGAUAUGUUCGUGACAAUUGUAAACCUUUAUACCGUUAUUUGUUGUCGGACGACGAUGAGCAUCGACAACUAUUCGAUCUUAUUAAAAGAAUGCUGGAGUAUGAGCCAUCCCAAAGGAUAGCACUGAAGGAUGCCUUGCAACAUCCAUUUUUCGACUCUCUUCCAGCGCAUCAGAGAUUAACCGAUCCACGUGCAGCCGGUGAUUCACAACAAAGUCAUGAACGAUCGCACUCGCUCUCUCGAUGAAGCUAGGAAAGGGACCGACUUCCGUACUGGACAGACACUAAUAAUAUUAAUAAUAAUAAUAAUAAUAAUAAUAAAAAUAAUAAUAAUAAUAAUAAGAAUAAUAAUAAUAAUAAUUAUCCAUUUUCAACGAUAUUACUGCCCUACGUCUUUGUACUCGCUUUCUCUUUAUCUCAUUUUUCCUUGAGUCUCUCAACGAUGAUUGUUCUUAGUUAUUGUCGUCGUUGUUAUUUUUGCUUGAGAAAAACUCGAUGACAUUAUGUUACGUGAAAUACUUUGCACGAAGAUACCCACGAAAAAAUGAUUCGAAAGAAAAGAACGAAAGGAAAUAAAAAAAAAAUAAAUAAAUGAUUGAAUGAAUAAACAAAAUUAAAUAAUAAUGAGCGCUGCAUGUUCUUUUCUUCCUUUUUUGUUUUUUUUUUUUUUUUUUGUUUUUUUUUUUUUUUUGAAAUUCAUAUUCAUAUAGAGCCUAUAAAGAAAAUUUUGGUACUAGGCGAAGAAAAAAAAAGAAAGCGAGUACUGUGCGAUAGCAGCAUGCAGCAGCGACGGGGGUAUAAAAGGGACGGACGGAGGAAACUGUUAAGCCAAAUGUGGUGGAAUUUGAACUUUGAUCGGGAACGUUUUACAUGCGCAUGUAGUAGUAGUAGUAAUGCGUCUGUAUUACGUGUGAUAUAUCUCGACGAUUCGUAGGGCCUUUUUUCACCGGGUCGAUCUUGACGCGCGUUAAUAUCUCGUGGUUUAUUUCUUGGACCACCAAUAAUAAUAAUAAUUAUAAUAAUAAUAAUAAUAGUAAUAAUAAUAGUAAUAAUAAUAAUGAUAGUAAUAAUAAUAAAUAAUAAAUAAUAAUAAUAAUGCUAAAUUUCAAACGCACCAAGGUCCUCUUCUCUAACUUACUGGUAUCGGAAACCAGUCUGUUAUAUGCGUGUGUGUGUGUGUCUGCUCAGUUUAGCGUAACAGAGUCCCAAAAUUGUAAAACACACAUUUUCUAUAAAACACUCUUCUGUACAUUUUGCCUUUAAUUUUAUUAUGAUGUUAUUAUAUAGAUGAACAAAGUUUGAAGUAAAAGAAGAAAAAAAAGAUUACUUGGGAGGGGAGCCGGGGGCGGGCGUGAGAGGGGGGAAUUUGUAGUUUAUAAUCUAUUUGUUAUAAUGACCGUGCCGAGCUGUAGUAGUAAGUAUCGGAUUCUUAGAAUAUAAGACGGUAGACAAUUGCGUAUGUGUUUGAUGAAUAAAAGAAGUUAUAUAGAAAAAGAGAGCGAGAAAAAGAGUGAGAAUGAAAGUGAGAAAGAGAGAAAGAGAGAGAGAGCGAGCGAGCGACGAGUGCAGUGCGUGAGAAAUUAAAAAUGAAUGCCAAUCCCAUUAUCAUGAAAUACAUAUACUUUAUCGUUCAAAUAUCUAAGUGAUAUAAUUAUUUUUAUGCGAUACAAUGCUCUGGAUGAAGAUAACAUCAUAAUGGUGUAUCGCUCUAUUAUCUUGAAAAGCAGAGAAAACGUAUUUAUUCAUUUCUUUGAUCGGAUAUAUAUCGAGUUUUAUCAUUUUUUAUGGAACAACUUGAUUACCCUUGAAUUUAUUAUUGUACUCUCUUGCGUUUAAGGGAAAAAAAAAAGAAUAAAAGGUCAUUUGUUCUUCUAUUGACGCAAAUACAACGAGGAUAUAAUAUCGUCUCUCUCUAUAUAUAUAUAUAAAUAUAUAUAUAGGUAUAUAUACACACAAUGUAUAUGUGUAUAUAUAUAUAUAUAUAUCUCGGGUCUUACCUCAUUUGACGAUGUGUGUGAGAUACGUGUUUAUUAUAUUUACAUGUACGAAAGCAUUUCUCGACUAGUGUUAUGUCGUCACGAGAAGUAGUACUAACGCAAGUGUUUUUCUCUUUGUUCUUAGUUUAUUAUUAUAAAACGCGAAAGAAUUUUUAAGUUGUUAGCUGCUCUCAUUUACCACGAUAGGAGGAGAAUGCCUAAUUAACAGAAAGUACUGUUCCGAUUAGUAAUAAAAAUGCGUUUCUUCGAAAUAA